AUGGGCUCAUCGAUACGUGCCGCGAACUCGGAGUCACUGUCGUUGCGUACUCCCCUUUCAGUCGCGGAUUCUUCACCGGAGAUCCGAAGCGCUGAACAUUUCGAUGCGAAUGAUCGUCGCCGGAUUCUUCCUCGGUUCUCGGCGGAGAACCUUCCCAAGAACCUGGAGAUUGUCGACCGCAUGGAAGAGCUUGCUUCGAAGAAGAAUUGCUCCGUUGGGCAGCUCACAUUGGCUUGGCUGCGGUCUAUAGGGGAAACGGUCAUUCCGAUUCCGGGCACAACGAAAAACCGGAAUUUGGAAGAGAAUGUGGGCAGUCUGGAUGUUGGGUUGAGCCCGAAAGAUCUUGAAGAUAUCAACGAGGUGAUUCAGGCUGCCGAUGUGCAAGGGGAUCAUCAUCCGAGGAGCAUGAUGCCGUAUGUUUAUGUCGACACGGUUCCUCUUGAAGAGUAG